CAAUCCGCCCCGAAGAAGAGGGAGGUUUUUACGGGUGAGAUCAUUGUUUUUCUUACUCAGCUUCAGGGCUUCUGAACGCCUUUAUAAGAAACUUUAAGCCCAGGAAGGCACAGACGCGCCAGAUUUCAUCACCUCAAAGGUCUCGUCCUAAUAUCGCAUGUCCUCUAUCCAGAACCUCCAAUCUUUCGAUCCCUUUGCUGAUGCCACUAAGGGUGACGACUCACUCCCGGCCGGGACAGAGGAUUCCAUACACAUAAGGAUCCAGCAGCGGAACGGCAGGAAGACGCUGACCACCGUGCAGGGGAUCGCUGACGAUUAUGACAAGAAGAAGCUGGUGAAGGCCUUCAAGAAGAAAUUUGCCUGUAACGGCACGGUGAUCGACCACCCAGAGUACGGGGAGGUGAUCCAGCUGCAGGGAGACCAGAGGAAGAAUAUCUGUCAGUUCCUCCUGGAGAUCGGCAUCGUGAAGGAGGAGCAGCUGAAGGUCCACGGCUUCUAAAGCGAUGCCCCUGCCAGCCGCCCAGCCCCCGGCGCAGCGGCUACCCUCCCUCCACAGAGCGCACCCAGCAGCCAUCUUUAGCCAAGCAACCCAUGUAACUCCACCAGAGAGGCAAUAAAAUGCACACAAUGCCACAUUUUAUAGGCAA